AAGAACCGCCCGGCAGAAACAUACCGCCUCUGGGGUUUUUAAUCUCGGUUCACAGCUUUUUUUCGGUUCAUGAUUUCUUCACUCAUGCAGUGCUCUUCGCACAACAGAAAGUGAAAAAUGGCUUCACUUUUCAUGUUUUGCUUGCUCAAUUCUUGAAAUUCUUCAAGGAACUAACUUCAAUGAAUCCAGGUGCAAUCUUUCAAACAACAAAUUUACGCGACCACACAAUACCUCACUUCGAUAUCCGUAAGGUAUGCGUGAUAAUUUUUUUCUAUGCGUCCACAAUUGUUUACAUGAUGAUCACAUUACAUUCCAUGCUAAGUAUGAAGGUUAACGCCUAAUGCUUCCGAAAUGUAACCUGCUUUUCAUCUUUCGGCUGAUUAUGUAUUCUAUCUUGCAAUACGUUCUAUAUUGAGUCUUGUUGACGGUAUAUACUGACUGUCUUCAUAAGAAUCAUCUAGUUGUAAUCUACGCCUGGAAUGCCUCCAGAGCCUUGUCGUUCCACCUAGUUAUACCUGUUAGCUUUUUUGCCUGAAAUGAAGAAAUUUCAAAUCACUCACGUGAAGAA